AUGUUUACUCAAUUAUAUAUUAUAUAUAUAUUCUUUUUGGUUUCAGCUGUAAUAGGAAUACCUGUAGUAAAUUUACAAAAUCAGACUUUUAGUAUUGAUGGUUCUGCUGUACCCACUAGGCCUAAAUGCACUGACCCUAAUAAUGCUAAAUAUAAAAGCUCCACUUGCGCUACAAGGAAAUCAGUGAGGGUUUCAUGUGAAUCUUUUAGUCAACCAGGCACACCUGUUGAUACUAAUUUUAGCUGUGGAGAUGGUGAUUCUUGUGUUAAUAUUACCCCAAAUGAUGCAUUCUGUGUUGACGAUAACAGCAGUGCUCAAGUAUGGGACAGUAAAAAUGAAAUAAAGUCCUGGAAUGACAACAUAUGCAAAAUCUGGGGAGUAGCUGAGCUACAAGCAAGAUAUAGCAAUGAACAAUCUAGUAUUCCCCUUUCUGCUGAUUAUAUCUAUCAAGAAAAUAAUUACACCUUCCCUAUUAAACAAGAAGAUUUUUCUAAUACCUUGUAUUUCUGCUUCUAUCCAGGCUCUAAUGAGGAAGUACAAGCUGUAGGUUCUCUAGCAUAUGUUUUAAGAUGA